AUGGUUGCUCUUUCAACACCAACAGUAGAACAAUUCUUUGUGAAAACAUGCAAACCAGUCAACCCUUUGACUUGUAUAGAUAUACCUCUCAUUGACCUUUCUAAACCUGAUUCGAAACACCUUGCUGUUAAAGCAUGUCAAGAUUUUGGAUUUUUUAAAGUUGUUAAUCAUGGAGUUCCAAUGACACUUAUCAAUGAACUUGAAUCUGAAGCCAUUAAGUUCUUUAACUCCCCUCAACCUGUCAAAGAAAAAGCUGGCCCUGCUGACCCUUUUGGUUAUGGUAACAAGAACAUUGGUCGAAAUGGCGAUAUCGGUUGGGUCGAAUACCUUCUCCUUAACACCAAACCCGAAUCCCAUUACCAUAAACUUUUAUCCAUAUUUGAAGAACACCCAGAAAAAUUUCAGUCACACGUGGAUGAAUAUGUGACAGCAGUUAAGAAUAUGGCAUGUGAUAUUUUAGAGUUAAUGGCGGAUGGUUUGAAAUUGGAGUCAAAAAAUGCGUUUAGUAAGCUAUUGAUGGAUGAACAGAGUGACUCUGUUUUCAGGUUAAACUACUACCCACCAUGUCCAAAACAUCAAGAACAUGAAAUAAAUGGUGGGAAUUUGAUUGGUUUUGGUGAACACACUGACCCACAAAUCAUUUCGGUUUUAAGAUCAAAUAACACGUCUGGGCUCGAAAUUUGUUUAAAGGAUGGCAGUUGGGUGUCUGUUCCUCCAGAUUCUGAAUCUUUCUUCAUUAAUGUUGGUGACUCUUUACAGGUAAUGACAAAUGGAAAGUUCAAGAGCAUAAAGCAUAGGGUGGUGGCAAAUAGUGAAAAAAGUAGGAUGUCAAUGAUAUACUUUGGAGGACCACCAUUGAAUGAGAAGAUAGCUCCAUUGGCAUCACUCCUUGAAAGAGAAGAAGACAGCUUGUAUAAUGAGUUUACAUGGUUUGAGUACAAAAAUUCUGCUUUCAACACUGCUUUGUCCCAUAAUAGGCUGGGUCUCUUUGAGAAAAUUUCUUCUAAAAUAUAGUUUUAUUUUACUUUCAUGUCUAUACAUAUAGCAUAUUAACACCAUAUAUUGUAUUAGCAAAGAAACUCUGGGUUUCUGAUGCUUUGGCUUGUUAUACAUAUAGA